GGGUUCGGUGCUGGUAGAGCAUGGGGCUGAGGUCGAAUCAAAAUCGGUCUAUUUUACCGACGCAUCAAACUGGCAAACAGAGUUCCAUAACCUGACUAUUCUAUGGACCCCAGAUGACGUUUUGUUUAUGGUUGAUGGAAAACAGCGGCAAACUGUGAAGUUAUCUGGGCUGAAUGUCACAGACUUCAGCGAUGCAGUUGUUACCUCUAACCCCGGAAAGAAACUAUGGUAUACGGGCGGGUCAAUUACCCCAUUCGAACGACCGUUUCACGUGAGGCUUGGAAUUACCGUUGGCAAUUCGAAAGAUUACUCAUGGCCUUCUAGCAACCCGAGGGGAAUAAUCACCUUCUGGAAUAAUGAGGAAGAAUGGCAGCAAACCUGGCGAGACGAUACAGCAUUUGUUGUCAAACCCAUGAAAAUCUUUACUGCGAACUGUUGAACUUUCGAGAAACUGCUAUUUUGGUAUGGGAUACAUUCCACUUAUUCGCAGAGGAUAAAAAGAGGAAAAAUUGUGCUGAUGAACCGUAUUAAAGAGGUGCAUAAAACGGACACAGGAAUAACGGAUGGCACGGCUACAUAAACUGCCGAAUGAAAUGAAAUAAUGAAUUAUUUUGUUCAUUGUAUAAUUUAUUUAAAAGUACAUGUUCAGGUUUGACUCAUGAAAA